AUUAAGAGAAUCUUAGCUUGCUUUGGACACUGAACUUCUUGUUUUGUUCAAGCAUCGGCUCGACCUUGUGUGAUGCUCAGGUCUGUUGGCAGGACAUGAGGAUAAAGUACGCCGUGGUAUUUCGCAGCUAUAUAAAACCCUAUCCCCUUCGACAACUGUACCUGAAGAGCAAACUUACCUUCUCAAGUCCACCUAUCUAUCAAGUCUCAAUUCACUACCUGGAAUCCCGCAAGUCAUCGCCCCAAUGACUACCAACGCACCAACGGGUAUGCCACGCAUCAACAUCUCAUUCAGUCUCUUCGCCCAAUUACUCAGCAAGAUCAACAACAGUCUUUUCAAGAACACAUCGAUUGACGCUCUAGGCAAGGUACAGAAAGUCCAACAAGCUCAGUCGCGUUUCCUAAUCUGGUACCCCGAGCUCACGACUGUUCAUGAGAUUGGUGAGCUUCUUGAUGACUUGAGAAGUGUCAGGGACUUUUUGUUUGACAUGGAACAUCGGCUCUACUCUGGCCAGGAGAGCGAACGGAAUAUGUUGAAGCAAUUGGAAGAGGUGACGACAAACUUGGAGAAGCAGUUGGAUUGUAUUCAGUUGGCUAUCAAUAAGCUUGAUCCUUAUCGUGGGCCUAAGGAUAUCUACGGCAUGUAUCAUGGUGUUCUUGUUGACGCCAAGUUAGCCAAAGCUCCCCAAGAGAAUGGCACCAAUGAGAUUGAGGAACAGAUGAUGGAAUUGGAUAUCUAACUGAGCAUGGUUCUCAGCUUAGCAGGGAUUUUUAUGGUUCUCGCAGGCUGUUAGCAAGAAUGGAGGAGAGUCCGCUUGGAGGAUGGUUAAGAUAAGUACUCAUGUGUUUACUGCAGUGGGUUAUGGACUGGCAUGUUUCAGGCGUUUAGGCAAG